UUGCAGAUUCUGGAGUGCAAUUCUGCAGUAAAGGGUUUCCUCCCCACCCCCAUGGAAUUGCAGAGCUUGCAGGACUCUGGUCAAGCAAUAGCAGUUAUCAGAAAGUACAAAGAACACAGAGGGACACUAGUGAAGUGCCCACUCCAUUUAUUCUGAAGCAGGCUUUAUUAAGUACACGAGAGUCAGGAUUUCGGGAUCCACAUGACCACAACAGCAGGACAAAAUUCAACAGAAUGCAGAAAAAGGCCUCAGAGCGGCCUUCUCCCUCGGCAGGACACAACCAGCUAACGGGAGCGAGGCAACGCAAACCGGCCCUAGAAAGAGAGUCAUGGGUAGGUCUGGCUUGGCGAGCUCGCUCCCGAAACUCGACCCCGCUCUUCCCAGUCCAGACCCGGGCCACAAGCAGCGCGUGGUCGGCCCUGGCAGCUCCGCGAGGGAGGGCGGCGCCGUCACCCGUCACGGGUAACAGCUGCCUCAGCCAGCGACGCGCCGCGGAGCCCGAGGGGCCGCCCGGGGCUGCGCGGGGGAGCUCGGCUCGCCAGGAGCCGGGCAAGCAGGCGCAGCCCAGGGAUCCCCUAGGAGCCCGCGGCAGCCGGGAGGCGCCAGGCCGGGGUGUUACUCACUUGGCGGGGCGCGGGGGCGGCGGCGGACAGAGGGGGCCGCGGGCCCAGGAGGCAGCGCUCGGCGACGGGGGCGGCCGCCCCAGCAUGCCGGGGAGACGCGCCGCACGGCUCCCAGGGAAGCGGUGA